AUUUUUGGAUUAUUAAAAUAUCUUUUUGAAUCAUACAACAUUUUUUGUUUGUCAAUUGCCACACGCUAACAUAUUUGAUAUUGAAAAUCAAAAAAUCAUAUUUGAUAUUGCAUUUGACCUGAUAUCUCAAUUAGUAAGCUGAAUGUUCUUCUUUUCAGUAAAAAGUGUUCAAAACCCCUUUCUCCAAUGUUAAGAAAAAAAAAAGAUGAUUGAGAAUGGGAAUUGGCUGCAUGGUUUCCUUGUGAACAUUGGUAAGACCACAAGUUUAGUUGCAGAAUUAUGGGGAUUGAGAGAAGGCCUCAAGCUUUGCCUCUCGCUGGGCAUUUCUUGGUUGAUAGCAGAAAUGGACACUUCAGUGGCAGUAAAGAUGAUUUUGGAUAAUGGCAAUACUAGAGGGCAAGGAGCUGCUCUCGUUAUGGACAUUAAAACCAUCUCUGGUAGAUUUUCUUCCUUUGUCCUUCGCCACACACUUCGUGAAGGAAACACGACAGCUGAUUUCUUAGUUUCUUUGGGUCAUACGGCUUGUAAUGGAAUCACCUUUUUGGAUUCCCCUCCUGUUGGUUUGCAGUAGAUUCUUUUUGGGGAUAGAGUGGGAGCUAUGUUUCCAAGAGCAUAUAUAGUAUGUUUUAAUUAGUUCGUUUCUGAUGUACCAAAAAAACAAAAGAAAAAACUAAGAUAGUUUAAUAUUUCAUCAUAGCCAUUAAUCAUAUACACUAAGCUUUUGUUUGGGAGUGUUGUGUGUACUUUAUAGCGGGGCGCGCUUUUUUUUUUUUUUUUUUGGAGCAUGAGGGAAUUUUGAGAAAUGAAAGAUUUUUUUUUUU